AUGUCUACUCUCCAGGCAGUGCGCUACACCCGGGGCAAGCUUGAGGUCCUGGACCAGCUUCGCCUCCCCCAUGAAUUCCACUACGAUCUCGUCUCCAACCGAACAGAGGCAUUCGACAGCAUUGCCACCAUGCGCGUUCGUGGCGCACCUGCAAUUGCCAUCGUAGCAAGUCUUGGCCUUGCCGUCGAGCUGCACAACCAGGGCCUUGCCACCGAGUCCGUCGCCGACACCGUCACCCAGAUCGACGAAGCCCUCGACUACCUCAAGCAGAGCCGCCCUACCGCCGUCGACCUUACAAAUGCCAUCAACCAGCUCAAGGCGCGGAUACGAGCACCCGAGAACGCAGACAAGAAGACUGUCAUCGCCGCCUUCAUCGAGGAGUCUGAGCGCAUCUUCGAGAAGGAUCUUCAGACCAACCUCGCCAUUGGCGCUUCCGGCACCGAGUGGCUGCGCUCCAACACCGGCGCUUCGACCGACAAGCCUAUUUCGGUCCUCACGCAUUGCAACACCGGCUCCCUUGCCACAUCUGGCCACGGCACGGCCCUCGGUAUAAUCCGAACUCUGCAGUCAAGUGGCCUUCUCCGCCACGCCUACUGCACCGAGACCAGACCGUACAACCAAGGAAGCAGACUGACGGCCUUUGAGCUCGUGUACGAGGGCAUCCCCAGCACGCUCAUCACCGACUCGAUGGCCGCCUCCCUGUUCCGCACCCAAAAAGACAAGACCAACAUCACCGCUGUCAUCGUCGGCGCUGACCGCGUAGUCCGCAACGGAGACACCGCCAACAAGAUCGGCACCUACCAAUUGGCCGUCCUGGCCAAGCACCACGGCAUCAAGUUCAUCGUGGCGGCCCCCACUACCAGCCUCGACCUCGAGACGGAAACCGGAGACGGCAUCAAGAUCGAGGAGCGCAAGAAGGAGGAACUCACCCAGAUUACCGGCGCCGUCGUCCGCCCGGACGGCACCAUUGAUGAGAGCUCCAAGGUCAGAGUCGCGACGGCCGACCAGCGAGUCGGCGUCUGGAACCCGGCCUUUGACGUGACGCCCGCCGAGCUCAUCGACACUGUCGUGACAGAGAAGGGUGCCGUGGAGAAGGGCCCGGACGGCAAGUUUGACUUUAGCAAGAUCCUGCCUGAGCGUUGGGCCAAGGUAGUUGGUGUUUGA